UAGCUUCUAGAAACUUCUUUUAACCUAUAAAUGCACCGGCAACAGCUGAUGCUUCAUCAGUUGAUACAAACAAACGCUACAAGUGAGUGAUAAGUGUCUUUUUGUGAGAUUCCAGUGAGUUUUACAUAUUAGUCAUCAUGUCUCUGCUACCGAUUAUCCUUCGUGAAGCUAUUGAGGAUAUGUACAACCCAUCUCCAUCAAUUUACGACCAACAUUUUGGUCUUGGAUUGCUGAACGAUGAUCUUCUGCGACGCCAACCGUCCUACAGUUUGAUGUCAGUUCCUCUAAAUUCCGGAUAUUUGCGUCCAUGGAGACAUCAGCACUCAGGAGACAGCGGUGUUUCAACUAUUGAGGCCGACAAGCACAAUUUCAAAGUGAAUUUGGACGUACAACAGUUCAAACCUGAAGAAAUCUCUGUGAAACUAACGGGAAAUGACUUGAUCAUUGAGGGAAAGCAUGAAGAACGCCAAGACAAGCAUGGGUUUGUGUCUCGUCAGUUUACUCGUCGCUACACCCUGCCGGAAAACGUCGAUCUGGAGAAAUUGGAGUCAAAACUGUCUUCGGAUGGAAUUUUGUCGUUGGUCGCCCCCAAGAAGGUGGAGAAAUCUAACAACGAGAGAGCGAUUCCCAUCGUCAAAACUAACCAGCCUGCUCUGAAACAACAGACUUCCCAGGAAGGAGCCAAGUCAGCCAAGGAUGGCAAGCAGGAGAAGAUGGAGACCUAAGGAGUAAGGAGUGUUUGAAAGGACUUGAAGAAAAAGACUGUCACCAUGUAUUCCCCAGUAUUAGUGUUGAGCUACCUCGUCUGUGUAUGGAGAUUUAGUGUUGAAACCCAAGGAAAAUUAUUGAUCUAGAAUUUCAGUGAGUAUUAGCAUUUCUAAUAACAUAUAGAUAAACAUUGUUUCCAACAAAUCUCACCUAAAAUUAACCAAUCAGAAUCAAUUUUUGAGAAACAUAAGAAUAAAGAGUUCAAGUUAUAGUUGUUUCUAUGAUACUUUUAAAAAUUCUCAACUACAGGACUUUUUAAAUUAGAUAAUUUGAACCAAUCUUUAUUAUAGAAGGGCACAACACAUUUUUUCAAUGUAUUAAGAAGUUGACUUUAAUGCAGUUUUUUCUCUAAGACUCAAUUCAAUUCCAAAAAAUGUUUGACUGAUUUUGUUAUUUUUGUUCCUAUAUCAAUUAGUUUGUGAUAUUUUUGUAUAAGUGUGUUUUUGUAUUAAAUAAAUCAGAGCAUAUCUAGUUCAAA